CGCAAUUUGCGGGAGAAUCCACGGAUCCCCUCUGGUUCUUUCUCAUCUUCUUCCUCUCUCUCAUCGUUCGCCCUUCACCAUCUCCGACGUCGCUGGUCCGGCGUCACUGCUGCGGCCUCACUGCUCCCCGAUCUUUGAUGCUCCAGACUUUCCAGAUCCGUUCUCAGCAGCCAAACAGUGAAUAAGUGCAACGGCAAUUGGGUAAGCUUUUUUGUUGCUUCAGAUGUUACUGGGUGUCCACACAUCUGCAAACAUGUCAUGGUCGACAGUUUCAAGAUUACCUCAAAUUUACAAGAAUUUAUGCCACUCCUCUUCUAGGUGCUCAUAUGAAGCUUCCUGGCUGAUGCAAAGUCUUGUGGCCCCUAAUAGUAGAUAUGGAAAUGGUUUCAAUUGGAAUGUUCGGUAUGUGAUGACAACAUGUGGAUCAAGUACUGGUUCUAUUGGUAAAUUUGGAUGGUUUUUGCCUUCAAGAACUCCAUGCCUGGGGAAGUCAUGGACUCCACUUCAUUUGCCACGUCAGUAUGCAACUCAUGCUGUUCAAGAAAAAAAAUCAAAGAAGAUGCUGCUGUACUUGACAGGAUUGGUUUUUGCGAUGGUGGGGUGUUCUUAUGCUGCAGUUCCUUUGUAUAGGAGAUUCUGCCAAGCUACUGGGUAUGGAGGUACCGUACAGCGGCGCGAGAGUGUAGAAGAAAAGAUUGCUCGCCAUGCUCAAGAGGGGACUGCCACCACUAGGGAGAUUGUGGUGCAGUUCAAUGCUGAUGUGGCUGAUGGAAUGCCAUGGAAGUUUAUUCCCACACAACGCGAGGUAAGGGUUAAGCCAGGAGAAAGUGCACUUGCGUUUUACACUGCUGAAAACCGAAGUUCAACUCCUAUAACUGGUGUAUCCACAUACAAUGUUACCCCAAUGAAGGCUGCAGUGUAUUUUAACAAGAUCCAGUGCUUUUGCUUCGAGGAACAGCGACUUCUCCCUGGAGAGCAGAUCGACAUGCCUGUUUUCUUUUACAUAGACCCUGAGUUUGAAACAGAUCCCAAAAUGGAUGGUAUCAACAACUUGAUCCUGUCUUAUACAUUUUUCAAGGUUUCUGAAGAAUAGAGAGGGCUAGAACCCUUGUACUAGUACUUUGGAAUCCUUAAUAAGAGUGGCUCUCGUCUCAAAUUAUGACAUUCUUAUUCUGGGUAGACUGACUAAAGUUGGUCGUUACAGUUUUGAGUGUAGUUUAUGUAGAAAAUAGUAUGAAUUACUCUUCAAGAGUUUUUGCUGAAAGAAUUCAUAAA